AGUCUGGGCACUAGUACAUGUUGUUUGCUUCUAGGUCGGGAUUUGCUAGCGACUUCGUCUCCAUUUUGGAAUUCGAGAAGGAAGGCUUGCUUUGAGUCGAUUUGCCUUCACGUUUAUCGAGUUUGAUUGACACAGCUAGUUGUACAUGUAUUCAGGAGAGUUUUUGUAGCGCUUCUUGAAUGUCUUCAAAUCGAAAUAAGGUGCACGAACUCUACGACAUGUGACUCUUUCGCUGAAGUAGCAGAAGGAAAAUUCAAUACGUGACACUGCCUCCAUAUUGGAAUUCCGCCACUGCAACAGGAAGGCGGUGUUUCAAGUCAAUUUUACUGUAGCCCUGACUAGAUACAACACCAUCAAGGUUGCCAAUUGAUAUGAAAUUUUGUUGAAGCGGUCUUGGCAGACUCUGGAAGCUUCAAACCUGGUUCAGCUCGACGAGAAAUGUAUUUUUAGUCAAGGCGUUUUGAAAGAAGUAACUGUGAAAGCAUCGCCCUUUCAAUUGGCUUGUAUCCGAGGGCUGUGUUUACGACCCGCUUAUUUACUAUUGUGGUAAGCUCCAAAUGAUGAAGACGAGAACAGUGGUGAAUUAGAUUUGAUUCAGGCUGCUGAGUUGUAUAAAAAAUGUCUGGAAGGACGGCUUUGUCGACUGUUGUAGAAAACGCAGAUGGGAGACAUGGACAUUCGCACCAUGGGCACUCGAGAUCAGGCAGAACCACCAGCUCCAGUAGCAGAGGAAAUAGGAGUGAUGACGGUCAUUCAUCAACACGUUCCAGCAGAAACCGUCAAGCAACCGGCGGGGACGAUGUUUACAUCGGAAAGUACAAAUUGAUUAAAACCAUUGGGAAAGGAAACUUUGCGAAAGUUAAACUUGCUAAACAUUCACCCACUGGUCGCGAGGUUGCAAUUAAGAUUAUUGACAAAACACAGCUAAACCCAACCAGUUUACAGAAGCUUUUUCGCGAAGUCAGUAUCAUGAAGUUUCUCGAUCAUCCAAAUAUUGUUAAACUUUAUGAAGUCAUCGAAACUGAGAAAACACUUUACCUUGUAAUGGAAUAUGCAAGUGGAGGUGAAGUUUUUGACUAUCUCGUUGCUCAUGGCAGAAUGAAGGAGAAGGAGGCUAGAGCAAAAUUUAGACAGAUUGUUUCAGCUGUUCAGUAUUGCCAUCAAAAGCAUGUUAUACACAGGGACUUAAAAGCGGAGAAUCUACUUCUAGAUGCAGAUAUGAAUAUUAAAAUUGCAGAUUUCGGCUUUAGUAAUGAGUUUUCACCUGGCAAUAAGCUUGAUACAUUUUGCGGCAGUCCACCGUAUGCAGCUCCUGAACUAUUUCAAGGAAAGAAAUAUGAUGGACCUGAAGUAGAUGUUUGGAGUUUAGGUGUUAUUCUUUAUACGUUAGUUAGCGGCUCAUUGCCUUUUGAUGGCCAAAACCUGAAGGAACUCCGAGAAAGGGUUCUUAGGGGCAAAUACCGAAUUCCUUUCUACAUGUCAACUGACUGUGAAAAUCUGUUAAAGAAAUUUCUAGUGUUGAAUCCAGAAAAAAGAGCAUCUUUAGAGAUGAUAAUGCAAGAUAAAUGGAUGAAUAUUGGCUAUGAAAAUGAAGAGUUAAAACCGUACUUAGAACCAAAGCCAGACUUUAAUGACAAAAAACGACUCGAAUUGAUGAUAAGAAUGGGAUUCUCUGCCGAUGAAAUCAAGGAAUCACUGACGAAUAACAAGUACGACGAAGUAAUGGCAACAUAUAUUCUGCUAGACGAAAAGAGAAUUGCUGCCAAGCUUUCGAGUCAUGAUAACAUAUCAUUAGACUCGUCGUACAUCAGUAGAACGAGCGGUAACACCGACACAAGUAGUGCUGCCCCACAGACAGCCAGAUCGGCACGGGUCAGUGGAAGGGGCAACAGAGAAAACAGAGUCCCAUCACAGACGCAACGACCAUCAAGAGUUCAACAACCGUACGAGGCGGUUAAUAUGUCGCCAGCAACAAGCAAUGGUGCCGAUCGCUCUGUAAAUAGCCGUGAACAUACUUCGUCAUCGACUAGAACAACAGAUAGUGGAACAGCUUCAGUGACGGGAAAGAAUCCCAAUCGAUCGCAGAUCCCGGAUGUAGUUGCAGGCAAAUCCAACAAGAUGGUAGGCAGGCAACAUAGUGCACCGUCAAGUGCUGCCCGUAGAAACACAUACAGUAGCGCAACAUAUGGCAACAGAGCUCAGCAAAGUUCAGCCACUGCGAACUCAGUUCAAGCAAAUGGAGAAGAGAAGUCAAGCCAAGAAAUAGACACAGGGGCCAGAGCCCGUAGUAGGAUACCUCAGCAACCGAACCGUUUAUCUCCCACAAGGAUGUCAUUGCCACCCGCCGCUCUUACAAGGAGCUCCGAUCGUGAUAAAACGACUACUGCCGAUGAUGAAAGUAGGCCAGGCACUGCUCCGUUAAAGCAUGUGACGUCAGCCCAGACAACUCAAGUACCAAAACUGAACAGAGGCACAACUGCCCGAAGUACGUUCCAUAGCGGGCAAACCAGAGAACGGAAGAAGAUGGCCGAAGAAAGGAGCAGGGAAGCCGGUAGCCCAGUUGCGUCUGGAAGAACUUCUUUCAUAAGCAAGCUGACAUCAAGGUUUAGUAAAAGAAUGUCACGAGAAAAUUUAUUUGGCAAACAUAGAAAGCGCCGCAGAUCCCUUGAACAAGAUCAGCAGUCCGGAAGUAGCACGAGCACCGGGGCACAAUUAAAGCCACGGUCACUUCGGUUCACGUGGAGCAUGAAGACGACCAGUAGUAUGGACGCAAAUGAUAUGAUGGAUGAAAUUACCCGGGUAUUAGACUCAAAUGCAUGCGAUUACGAGCAGCGAGAGAAAUUCUUGUUGUUCUGCGUGCACGGGGAUGCAUAUGAAGACUCUUUAGUCCAAUGGGAAAUGGAGGUUUGCAAGUUACCACGCUUAUCCUUAAACGGUGUUCGGUUUAAGCGAAUAUCCGGUUCAUCAAUAGCCUUCAAAAACAUUGCAUCUAAGAUUGCAAAUGAAUUAAAGCUGUGACUCUGUACUACAUUUAACCAUGAUACUGACGAUCAAGCCGAGGAACAGUGCUUCAAAAUACACCCCCAAAGAAUGAUUAGUUCGUUGAUACGUUUCUCAUUUCCAGUGAGAGCUGAAUAAAGUCAAAAGACCCCCAGGAAUGGGACCAGAUCAGUAACUGGACAAAGCGUGUACUUUACUUGUGUAAAAAUACGGUCUCCCUUACCUGAUCUGGAUAUCAGUAUUAUUGUUACUUUCAGGUUGUGCAGAUAGCGGUUGAUUAACGAGCUUUUAGUUUUGUGAAAAUCUUUUAUUUUGGAUAAUAAAAGGGGAAUUAUCCCGGGCACGAGUUUUAUUAGCGUAUAUAUGACAAAGUUAAUCUGUAAAUCAGCGUCGUCUGCGUGUAACCUCGAUGAUUUCAAGUGUUGAAUCUUGCGAAGGUCUAACUUUCGUUUGGUCACAGAAAUCGGUUGUAUUGUAUGUUGAUAACUCUUCUAAGAGUUACGCAAUACACCCAGAGUCAAGCUGCAAGUUCGAAGAUGGUCAUAUCUUCUGUGUAACUACAUGGCUAAACUAACUCCUAAGGGUGGUUAAAUUAUGAGAUUAUAAUUGGUCCUAGGCAUGAUCCUCAGUCCCUCGCGAAUGUUAAUUUGUUUUUAUGACAUUUUUGAUUUUAUGAAUAUUAACUCUCCAUUAGUCAUUAACUGUUACUCAUUAGAAAUAUUUUCUGUAGCUAUCAUGUAAACAAACCAGAAGUAAAGAAACCAUCCUGUCUUUAUUUUCUACACACUCCAACGAUAACUUCAUUUCUAUCCACGCGAUUCAAAAAAACAAAACAUUUGUACAAGUUUCUUGCGCUGGACUAUUUGUUUAUUACAAUAUUAUUUUCAGUGCAUAAGUUUUUGCUUUCCUUUUCAAAUGCUCCACCCAGUGAAUUUUCUUGAAUGCUGUAUAUAUUUUUUGGUUAGUUAUGCUUUGAGGAGCUAAGAAAAAUGAAUUAUCUAUCAACUCCAAAUAUUCAAGACCCUCCUCCUUUGGGUAUUUGGGCAGGAUUCAUGUGCAAAGAAAGUCAUUGAUUUGAAGAAGGCAGCUCUAGUUUAAGAAAUUGUUAUUAAUAAGUGGUUUCUCUAACGUUCCCGCUUUCUACCGUGGAAACAGUAGCCAUCUCCGUCUAUGUAAUUCCUUUCUCGCAAUCUCUUCGUUGCCAAUGUCAUGACAAUAAAGAUAUAUGGAUUGUACCUAAUUUCUCCUAAUUGCAUUGGGCGAUUCUAAGAGGCUUUUAAGUCGAUUAUUACAAACGAUAAAAUAUCAAUGUCGGUAAAAAAGUUUUUGCCUUUCUUUAGUGUAACUUUUUGAGAUUUAAGAAGUGCCGCAAUCAAAAGUUUUUUUAAUGUAAGUUUGCAGGUUGUGUUGA